CUCUAAGAACUUUCUGGUAAAGACAGUCAGACUCGGAGCGCACGGAUUUAUUUUUCAUUAAUUUUGGUUAAGACAUUGGAGUUUUCUGCUAGAUCAUAAAAUAUCUAGGGCACCGGGAUGACAAUAGUGAAUGGAAUUCCAUUUGAUGAACUAUACACAAUGGAGGUCUACCAACUGCGAGAGACGGGGGAAUUCUCCGACCUUUCAGUGAGCGUUAAUGAGACUGAGCUAAAACUUCACAAGUUCCCAAUGAUCUCGAAGUCAGGUUAUUUCAGACAACUUCCACAAGACCAAGACGUUGUAACGAUUGAUAACUUCCCGGGUGGGGUGACCACCUUCAACAUGGUGGCAGAUUUUUGUUACAACAUCGAUAUUAAGAUCACCAAGGAGAAUGUGCUAUUGUUGCGCUGCGCAGCCGAAGUGUUGAAGAUGACGUCACCAACAAAUUUGAUUGAAAUCACAGACAAAUACAUCAAUGAUAUGAUGACAUCUGCCAAGCUCAGUAGAUCAAUCAAUACUGUUGUUGACCUUCUCACUCAAGCUUGCUCACUGGGUGACGUAGCUGAAAAGGCUGGUGUCACAAAUACGUGCAUUGAAGCCAUGGUUGACACACUUGUGAGGACAACAAUAUACAGUCCGUCAAUCAGCAGGUUCGGAAUCACUCGUAGGGAAAACGAAUGUCUGGAAAAAGUAGAAAAGUUACCGUUUGAGAUUUUCCUUUUGGUAUUGAAGAAGGCGAGGGACCAAGAUGUGUCGUCUACACUUCUGGCCAAGUUGGUUCAGAGAUACAUUGCAAAAUUGCUGCAUAUUGAAGAUGAGAAGGCUGAGCCGAGUGAUAAAGAUUCUGGCCACGAAGAAGAAGAGGUAGAUGCGUCCAUUGAAGUACAGACUAAUGAUACAUCAACAGCACAAGAGGACUUUAUCAAAAUUGAGCAACUCAACGAAAGUGAUACUGAAUCGAAUAAUACAGGAGCUGUUAAUGAGCAAUCAACAAACAAUGAUAGCAAAGAAAGUAAAGCAAAAGACACGGUUGAACCGAAUGUGAAUCAUUUAGUUGAAAGCAUAUUAAGUGAAGUUCCUGAAAACACUCCGUUUUCGGAUGUUGUCUCAACGGACUGGGCAGCAAGAGUUUUGAAUGUUGCAGGCUCAUUUGAUGGCAAAUGCAGAGACAUGCUUAUCAAACUUGCAAGCCAAACCUUACACAAAUUCAAAUCUGAUGACUUGAUUAAACUCGAGCCAACUCUCAUGAUCGAGGUUAUGGAAAGUGCAAAGAACAACCUUAACCUACCACCGGCUGUUGUGUGUCGGGUGGUGGAUGACUACCUUUUAGGUAUUGCACAAGCUGGUGCUUUUUCCGUUGAGGUGUUUGUGACUGUAGCAAAAUUGGUCCCCGAUGAGGACCGGGUAAACUGUGAUAUCCUUUAUGACGCUAUGGAGACACUUUUGAAAACAGAUCAAAUAAGUAUAACAGAUGAAGAACGCACUGCUCUCCAUAAGAUGGUUGACUUCUCUAAAGUCAACGAAAAAACUCUUCAAAAGGCCUUUGUGACCAAAGUGGUGCCUUGUGAAUACGUUACAAAAGCUGCGAUAGACUUGUGUGCUAAACUCAGGGAAGAGCUCGCCAACGCCAAGAGCCUUAUUAAGAUACAAGAUCGUGAGUUGAGGGAAAUUUCAAUGGGAAGCUAUACACUAGAUGCUAGUCUAGGUAUCAACGAUAUCUCAAUAAAAGACAAGGAUGUUUAUGAUAUAGAGAGAAGAACUCCAGAUCAUACGCCGAUCAGUCCGUACAGCAGUAGCAAAAGUUCGUAUAGCAGUAGGCACAGUCCGAGGGUGUCCCCGAGCGCAAGCACAUUCCAGAUCGCCCAUGGCUACGCUGAACCGCGUUUGUUGGCGGGUUUUGAUUCCGCCGACCCUUACAGAUCAACAUCUGGUAUUUCCUCAACGGCUUAUAGUUAUCUAUAUGGACAUAAAAAGUACCCUAGAUAUUAACGCCUAUCCUCAAUUGAUAAACAUAAUGUAUACCACCUAAUAAAUAUCAUUGUACAUCAAUCGACACCAUCUUUUAUAAGUCAAUGUCUAUUGUAGCUCGAGAUGAUCAAUUUAAAUUAUGCUAAAAAUUAAUCGAUGGGUUCAGAUAUCAAUUGAAUCGCUUGGAUUUUUACAUUAUGAGAUAAAAUUUAAUUAAAAAAAUGUCAGCCAUGUUUUUAUGGUUGCUUGAGAUUCAACCUUUAAACCACAUUGUAUAAGGUUCAAAAAAUCUGUAAUGUUGAAUAUAUGUGACUGUAAAUAAAAGAAAUACAUGAACGUGAAAAGAAUAUAGAUA